AUGCGCCUUAUUGAUCCUCGGACCGAAGAGGGCUUCAACAGACGAGUCACUGACAAUCAAUGGGAGUCAAAGGAGCGCACUUGGUUCGACUUUCGGGAAGGGCAAUACAAGUCUAGAAAGGACAAGGGUGACGACAGCGAAAGCUUUGCGACCAUCCAUGCGGAUGUAGGCCAGACGAGCGUGCAUCGCGCGCACUUUUUGGACGAAAUGGUUCGAUCUCGUGCUCGAAGGUGUAGCCAAGUUUCACAAACGACUUGUGGGUGCUGUAGAGCACCAGGAGAGCGGGGUGACUCUCAAGUUCCAAGAUGGGACCGAGGCUCAGCACUCGUCAUCGGAUGCGAUGGGAUCAAGAGCGAGCUGCGAAAUGUAAUUUUGGGCGAUGAUGCUUCAACGGCUCACGCAGUAUUCUCGGGAAAGUAUGCGUACCGUGGGUUGAUCGCAAUGGAGAAAGCGAGAGAGCUACUGGGAGACGAGCUAGCGCAAAAUGCGCAGAUGUAUACUGGAUAUCACGGACACGUCUUGACGUUCCCGAUUGAGAAAGGCGAUAUAAUUGAAUGCAGCAAAGAGAAGUGGGAUGGCGAUCGCUGGGUCGUGCACACCACCAAAGAGGACAUGUACGCCGACUCAGAAGGGUGGAGCGACCACGUCAAAAGCAUCCUCACCCUCAUGGAAAAUCCCGAUAUCUGGGCUCUCUUCAACCAUCUUCCUGCUCCCACCUACUACAAGGGUCUCAUGGUCUGGGCGGGCAUGGCAAUUGAAGACUCUUAUAUCAUGGGUGGUCUGCUGGCAGAGGUAUUUGACAAGAAAGACCUCCCUGCCGCGUUCCAGGCUUUCGACGUGGUGCGCAGACCUCGUACGCAAAAGGUCGUAAGUACCAGCUAUGAGGCUGGCCGGCUAUAUGAGUAUGAGCUGCCGGGGGUCGAGAAUGAUUUGGCCAAGAUCAAGGACAAUCUCGAGGCGCGUCUGACGUGGAUAUGGAGCGAGGAUUUGCCGCAAGAGCUGGAGAUUGCGAGACAACAUCUGCGCAGGUCCCAGUGA